AGAGGAACAACAUCUCUUAAUUGUGGAAUUUAUUUCUGAUAGUGCCACUGUGUCACUGUAAAUAGUUAUUAAAAAGUGUUUAUGCCAACCGUUAGUGAUAAAUUGUCUGGGAAUUGUAACCUAUCAGCGAUGGCAUCAGACCAGGAAUCGUCAGAUGAAGAGCCCGAUAGUGAAAUGUUAAGUGAUGACUUGUACUUGCAGGAUAGUGAUGAUGAUCGGCAGACCAGAAGUGUUCAGAGUCUAUCAGAAGAUCUACCACCACUGAACUGCUUACUGCGACCUCCUCGAAAGCUGUUCACAAACUGCCGAGAGCGCUGGCGACAGCAGAACGUAAGCGGUGCCUUUGCUGAGCUAAGAAGAUUGGUGCCCACACAUCCACCGGACAAGAAGCUAUCCAAGAACGAGAUACUAAGGAUGGCGAUUAGAUACAUCGGUCUACUCUGUGAAGUGCUAGAGUGGCAGAAAAGUCACGGUCUACUCACUAAUAAGGAAAACACUGAUCUUGCUGUGAAAUGCGAAUCCCCUCUAAGUCCACAAUCCAGACACCUCCGUCUCAAAAGACCGUAUUUUGAUGAUGACAAAAGACCGAAGAUCGACGGAGAAUUUGGAAAAUAUGGUGAUGAAAAUGAAGAGAACCUUCGCAGAAAUAUCCAUAGAAGUGUUGGUUUCAAUAAGGAUUAUUAUUUCGGGAAAGAUCAUGUUAAGAUUUUGAGGACUCAGUAUUAUUUUCCUUCUCGAUGGAGACAGAAUGUUCCAUUUAGGAAUUUGGCUGCUGAACGGAAUGGAAAUAAUCUCUUAAUGAUAGCACCAGCCCAGAGUAAAGAGGAUGACAGUAAAAGUGGUAGAAGUAAAGAUAAAGAUGGUAAGGAUAAAUAAACAUGAUAGUUUUGUUCGCACAAUUUUGAUCUCUGUUAUAAUUUUUGUGCUAAAUAAAUUACAUUGUGCACAAGAAAAAGAUUAUUUUAACUUUUAU